GUCCGCGGCACAGGCGGAGGAUGGCUGCGUCACCCCCGCUACCGCCUGGGGACUGAGCGGCGGCCAUCGCCGCCCUUGCCCGGCCCCGGUGCUGCCGUUUUAGCCCGGCUCUCGCGGUGCACGGCGCACCGGCCCCUCUCCGGUGUCCUGUUUGUCAGGGCCGCUCCUUAGGGCGGCAGGCGGUCGGGCCUCAGGGCGCCCGCGCCUGUUCGUGCGGGCCGGGCCGGGCAGCCCCCGGCUGAGCGGCCUCUAAGGGGCCGAGCUCGCCGCCUCUGCGUCUUCGUGUCGCUAUUGCUGGGCAGCGCUCCGAGGAGAUGCCGAGGGUUUUGGGCGAUUGAUAUCCUGCGUGCGGAGCUCCUCGUCAGCCACAGCUCAGUGCGAACGGCGGCUCGGCCUGGUCUGUCCCCCGAGCGCGGCUGUGGCCUGGCCGGGCCCUGUGGGUACCGAGCCCGUCCCGCCGUGUCUCGCGGCCAGGCACCGGCAGCUGCGGCUCCUGUGUCCCCCGUGCUCAGCGCUGCCUUGAGCCGAGGUGCAGCUCCCUGGCCUGGCUCCGCCUUAUCGGGGCCUGCAAACUGCUUUCAGGCUCCCACCCUAAAUCCGUACCGGCACUAGUCAGCGACCAGACGGGUUUCGGGUUCCGAAUUCCUUCCUCCUGGAGACACACCGAAUUUUUCUUUCUAGUCUGAAAGCCCACGGAGCAGACUGGAGUGACUCCGUAACUCCUGCUAAACCUGUCCUAGGAUCUAGGAAGUGCUUCCGAGUAAUCUUGCUGCAAGUCGGGAGUUAUUUGCUGGGAUGGGCCUUUAUACACGUGCCAUGCAUUUUCCUUGGGUGUAGGUGGCUUAGUAAAUUGAACCCAUUGCAAGGAGUACAGCGUAUAUGUGUCUGUAGAUAAACCGAGUUAAAUUGGGAUGGGAAGACAAAUUUUUGCAAUGCUUUAUGAAGUUUGGAUGUGCUUCCAAGGGUGACUUGCCCAAAUCAUCCAGAUUCCAUUUUAGUGGAGGAUUACAGAGCUGGUGAUAUGAUUUGUUCUGAGUGUGGGCUAGUAGUAGGUGACCGGGUCAUAGACGUGGGCUCAGAGUGGAGAACGUUCAGCAAUGACAAAGCAACCAAAGACCCAUCUCGAGUUGGGGACACCCAGAAUCCUUUGCUCAGUGAUGGUGACUUGAGUACAAUGAUUGGCAAGGGCACAGGUGCAGCAAGUUUUGAUGAAUUUGGGAAUUCAAAGUACCAAAAUCGCAGAACUAUGAGCAGCUCUGAUCGUGCGAUGAUGAAUGCUUUUAAAGAAAUUACGAACAUGGCAGACAGAAUCAACCUCCCUAGAAAUAUAGUUGAUCGAACAAAUAAUUUAUUCAAGCAAGUGUAUGAGCAAAAGAGCCUGAAGGGGAGAAGUAAUGAUGCUAUUGCUUCUGCUUGUCUCUACAUAGCCUGUAGGCAAGAGGGUGUUCCAAGAACAUUUAAAGAAAUAUGUGCAGUGUCCAGGAUUUCAAAGAAAGAAAUAGGCCGGUGUUUUAAACUUAUUUUGAAAGCUCUGGAAACCAGCGUUGAUUUGAUUACAACUGGAGACUUCAUGUCACGAUUCUGUUCUAAUCUGGGUCUUCCCAAACAAGUACAAAUGGCAGCAACCCAUAUUGCCCGGAAAGCUGUGGAAUUAGAUUUGGUUCCUGGGAGAAGCCCUAUCUCUGUAGCAGCUGCAGCUAUUUACAUGGCAUCACAGGCUUCUUCAGAGAAAAGGACGCAAAAAGAAAUUGGUGAUAUUGCUGGUGUGGCUGAUGUUACGAUUAGACAGUCAUACAGGCUGAUCUAUCCUCGAGCUCCAGAUCUUUUCCCAGCAGACUUCAAGUUUGAUACCCCAGUAGACAAACUACCACAGCUGUGAGAUUGCAGAGGGUUAAUUUCUGUUAACCCCCCCAAAAAAACCCCAACAAAAACAAACUCUUUAUUUUUGCCUAUAAUAAAGGAUGUACAAAGUGUUAAUAUUGGGUCUUCGUGUUGUGGAACUGGAGGAUAUGGAGAUGGAGCAUAACUGCUGGAAGGUAGCAUACAUUCCAAGGGUAAACAAGCUGAUUGUGUGGCAUUUUGUAUGUAUAUAUUAGUGGAAGUAAAUAUUUAAUAUCUGUUGCAACAAAUUUAAUUUGAUACUGUUGUACUUAUUUAGAUUUCUUUUGUAGGGAUCUAGUAAGAUGUAUUUUGGAGAAUUUAAAAUAUUGUGUAAUUCCCAAAUAAACUGUUUUCCAAAAACA